GGCGCUGGCACAGCUGGACUUCUCUUGGCUAUCGUCCUUACCGAAGACCCAACCAUCAAUGUCGCCGUUCUUGAAGCUGGCGCAGAUGGUCGCACCAACCCAAAUAUCACUAUCCCGGAAUUGAGAGGCGACAUCAUCGAUACGGAAUAUGAUUGGGAUUACUAUAGUACUGUUCAACCUGGUCUGUAUGAGAAUAGGAGUCAAGCUGUCAACAGAGGCAAGACGAUUGGUGGAACAAGUGCUAUGAACUGGAUGAUCCACAACGAGGACUCUCGCGUCCAACUCGAUAUCUGGGAAUCGUUGCUCAAUCUGACUGGCUGGAACUGGGAGACUCUUUCGACUGCCUUCAGAGAAAGUGAAAUAUUCUUUGCUCCUCCUGCCAAUGCAUCCUCUGCUGAGCACCCGAACCCCGCGAACCAUGGUUCUUCUGGAUACAUUUGCUCGACUCUGCAACGUAGUGUCUUGACUUUGCUGUCUGACUACGUGACCCCUGCCUUGCUUGCUGCUGGCUAUGCGGUUCCUGGCGACCGCAACGGUGGCAAUGUUACUGGCGCUGGGUUCUUGCCUCUGGCUAUUUGUCCAAGCAACUACACGAGAAGCUAUUCUGGAUCUGCAUACACUGCUGUUCAGGAUAGGAAAAACCUGCAUCUCUACACCAACGCUCAAGUCACGAACAUCAGCUGGGCCUCGACAGCAUCUGGAAAUGUUACUGCUCGCGGACUCAACUAUGUGGAUACUUCUGGUCGCACUUCGAACAACAGCCUCAUGAUCCGCGCCGACGAAGUAAUCCUGUCAUCUGGAAUCGCAGGCUCACCACCAAUUUUAGAACGUUCUGGUAUUGGUAACCCUGAUAUUCUGAUGCCGCUCAACAUCACGCCCGUCGUCAAUCUCAGCAGUGUGGGCACAGGGCUCAGAGAUCCACUGAUGAUGCAAUACCAACCACUUCAAUACAACUUCAGCGUCAACUUCACUGGUGGCGAGUACGCUCAGAACUACAUCGAUCUGCGCCCAGCCCAGGAUGUAUUGUCUCCUUCCGACUACAAUGCUGCAUCUGUAUGGCUUAACUCUACUGCCUCAAUUCCUGGCUUAGAAGAUGCACAAUUCACAGUCUUCAAGCAUCUCUGGUAUUCCCGCCAGCCUUUGAUCGAGAUGGCCUGGCAAUACAGCAGCACACAAUCUAUGCCUUACACUCUAGUGCCCCUCAGUCAAGGCACCGUACACAUCAACUCCUCAGACCCAAUGGCCGCUCCAGUAAUAAAUCCAAACUACAAUUCCGUCACCGCAACCAUCGGCAACGAGACCGUGGACUGGGACAUGUGGUUCCUCUCCCGUGCAUCCCAAUUCUACGUCACUGAACUUGCUUCUCACGAACCUUUUUCGAGUGUCUUGACGAAGACGGACCCUGAUCAUAAUCUUUCUCCAGCAGAGUAUCAGCAAAUCGUCUAUGAGCGUUCGGGAACUUCUCAACAUCUUACCGGAGGUCUGCCUAUGCUUGCCCGCUCUGCAGGUGGCGCAGUAGAUUCUCAGAUGCUGGUCUAUGGAACUUCUAAUGUUCGUGUUGUGGACGGAAGUAUUUUCCCUUACCAACCUUCGGCGCAUCCUAUGGGAUUGACCUAUGCGGUUGCUGUGCAUGCUGCGAAGAUUUUGCAGCAGAUUAAGGGGAGUAAAAUGACUUAUACUGAAAUUCCUUCUAUAAGCAACUCGAGCUCAAACGCAACUGCCAGUUUCCCUAAUGUGGCACCGACGGUUACGUAUAAUGCUAAGGGGUCUGCUGUUCCUGCUGCUAGCUCCAUUGGAAGUGCGUACACAGGUGGGGUAGCGAAAUUCGAG